GGCAUUUGGAGAGGGAAUUAAGAGAUUGGACACUUGAGUCAGACCUGGAUUGAGUCAUUACUCUGGAGACUGUUUUUGGUCACAACCCAUUCGUGGAUCAUGAAAUCAUUUGUGGAUUAUAUCCAGUUUUCUUUUUUAAUUUAACAGAGUGUCAGUGAGCAAGGCACACAGUAAUGAUAAGGAUUUUAUAGAAGUUUUAUUUCUCAUGUGGAUGUGCUUACAUGUGAAAGCAUGCACACCCACAAGCCACCGCACUGGGUCAGGGCAUAAAAUAUUCUCCUUAGAGCAGAUCAUGGUCGCAGAGGCUUGAAAAACACUCCUCCACAAGUUCUUUGGUCCCAGGGACUUUAAAGGAGCCUGGCACACCACAGGCACUCAAUCUGUGAAAGGAAUGAUCCCUGUUUUAUAGAUGAGGAAACUGAGUCUUAGCAAAUUGAAAUAACUUGCCAAUGUCACACUGUUAGUGACUGGAAAAACAGGGACUCAUUGGGGUAACAGUAGCACCCAUCUAGGAUUAUUACACCCAGCUGGGCAGAAUAAUAAGCGACCACUCUGGAAACAUUAAAGUGCAUUGUGAAGGUAAAUCACCUCUCCAGUUACUUAUCUCAAGCUAUUUCUUUACCAUAAGUGAGUUGCAUGAAGUCAGGGUCUUAUCUGUCACAUUAACUGAUUUCCUUGGUGAGGUGCUCCCUGUUUGGCACAUAGUAGCUACUCAAUAAAUGAUGUAAAGUGAAUAAAUGAAUCUGGGCAAGUUGAAAGUUUCCUAGCAGGGCAUCAGGAGUUGGCGACUUCCAAUAAGACGGUGAGUCCAGAACACUAUCCCAUCUUGCUGCUUCCUGCUUCAAAUGAGAGACUCAGUUCUUUCACUGUGCUGAGACUAGGGGUCCGAGACUGGAUGUGGGUGGGAGAAAGGGUGGGGCCGUUGGGGGGAAACCCCACCAAAGCAAGGGCCAAAGCACCACACACUGUUUGUAGGUAAAUGGCAUCUCCUGGAGUUAUGCAGUGCACAACCAGAGCACCCCUCCCAACUGUGGGGAGGGGAGCUGGAGCGAGCGUUUAUCACUUCCAUCUCUGUUCACAGGAGCUCAGACAUCAGGUACAGGGAGGAAAUCCCAAGGGGCCACCUGUCCUUGCCUUUGGGCAGGUCUUCCCCAGACCAGAAGUAGCUGUGAAGAGCAGAAAGGAUGAGGUGGCUGUUCUCUCCCACCUCUUUGCGGAUAGAAGUGGUGGUGACUUCUUGGGUUGUCAUAGCUGUAGCCACUGACACCUCAGAAGCAAGAAGCUGCUCUGAAUGCCACAGCAACGCCACCUGCAAGGAGGAUGGGGCUGCCACCACAUGCUCCUGUCAGGAGGGUUUCACUGGCAAUGGCCUAGUGUGCAUGGACCUAGAUGAAUGUGCCAUUUUGGGGGCACACAACUGCCCAGGGGACAGCAGCUGCGUGAAUACGCUGGGCUCCUACACGUGCGUCUGCCCUGAGGGCUUCCACCUUAACCCCGGGCUCAGCUGCACUGACGUGGAUGAGUGCGUGGAACCAGGACUCAGCCACUGUCACACCCUGGCCACCUGUGUCAACAGCCAGGGCAACUACUCAUGUGUGUGUCCCGAGGGCUACUGGGGGGACGGGUGGCACUGCGAGUGUUCCCCAGGCUCUUGCAGGCCGGGGCUGGACUGCGUGCCCGAGGGUGACACGCUCGUGUGUGCAGAUCCGUGCUGGACGCACAGCAUCCUGGAUGAGUACUGGCGCAGUGCCAGCUAUGGGGCGGGCUAUGCCUGUGACUCCAAACUGAGUGGCUGGUACCGCUUCGUGGGGCCAGGCGGCGUGCGCCUGGCUGAUACUUGUGUGCCUGCCCUGCGCUGCAAUACGGCCGCGCCCAUGUGGCUCAAUGGCACGCACCCAUCCAGUGAUGAGGCCAUCGUGACCCGCACAGCCUGUGCGCACUGGAGCGGCCACUGCUGCCUGUGGGACGUGCCCAUACAAGUGAAGGCCUGUGACGGCGGCUACUACGUCUACAACCUGACAGCGCCCCCCGUGUGCCAUCUGGCAUACUGCACAGACCCCAGCUCAGUGUUGGGGACGUGUGAGGAGUGCAGCAUAGAUGAGGACUGCAAAUCGGAUAGCGGCAGAUGGCGCUGCCAGUGCAAACAGGACUUCAACGUCACUGAUCUUUCCCUACUGGAGCACAGGCUGGAGUGUGGGGCUAGUGACAUCAAGGUGUCCCUGGGCAAGUGCCAGCUGAGCAGCCUGGGCUUUGAGAAGGUCUUCAUGUACCUGCGUGACAGCCAGUGCUCAGGCUUCAUGGAGAGGGGCGACCGGGACUGGAUGUCUGUGGUGACCCCAGCCAGGGAUGGCCCCUGUGGGACGGUGCUGACAAGGAAUGAAACUCAUGCCACGUACAGCAACACCCUCUACCUGGCAGAUGCGAUCAUCAUCCGUGACCUCAACAUCAAAAUCAACUUUGCCUGCUCCUACCCACUGGACAUGAAAGUCAGUCUGAAGACCUCCUUGCAGCCAAUGGUCAGUGUCCUGAACAUCAGUGUGGGCGGGACAGGCAUGUUCACUGUGCGGAUGGCGCUCUUCCAGAACCCCGCCUACACGCAGCCCUACCAAGGAUCCUCGGUGACCCUGUCCACUGAGGCCUUUCUCUACGUGGGCACCGUGAUAGAUGGGGGUGAUCUGUCCCAGUUUGUACUGCUGAUGACUAAUUGUUACGCCACGCCCAGUGGCAAUGCCACAGACCCCUUGAAGUACUUCAUCAUCCAGGAUCGGUAAGACCCGUGGAUGGGAUUGUUGGGGAGGG